AUGGAGGUCCUGAAAGAGAAUGAGGAAGAGGAGCAGAGAGAGGAAGAAGAGCUGAAAGCUUUGGAGAUCAGUGGUAAACAAUAUGAUGUGGGGAGAAAGUUGUCCGUAGACCAAGCCUGCACCCCAAAUGAUGUACCCGAUUUUGACUGGAGCUCCAUUGACACGUCUCAAUUACCGUCUUCCUAUAAGACAAAUUCUCCAGAGGAAAAGAAGCUGCUAUGCAUUGCUGACAACUUCCUUCAGCAGUAUGCUCACCUGUGCCCCGACCGUGAGCCACUUCUCCUUCAUCCAGUCAAUGAGUGUGGUGUAGAGAAGUUUGUGAGCACAACGGUGAGACCAACCCUUCUGCCUUAUACGGAGUUGUACCACUGGGAAGGCUGUGCCAGCUUCGUCUCUGAUUACCUCACCAUGGAGCUCCUCAAGUCCCCUAUUGCACCGCCCAGUUCGCUGUAUUCUCCAACCACUAUCCUGAAGUACCAGCGAGGGAACUGCUUUGACUUCAGUGUGCUGCUGUGCUCCAUGCUGAUUGGAGCUGGAUAUGAUGCCUACUGUGUGAAUGGAUAUGCCACCCACAAUAUAUGCACCAUGGAUGAGACUCUGGAAGUGUGCCCACUGCUCAGGAAGCCACAGGAGGUUCCAAAACAGGAAGAGAAGAAGUCCAGCAAGUAUAGAGUUAAGCCCCCUCCAGACCUGCAGAGCAAGUUUGAGCUUCAGCAAGAGGCCAAAAAGGAGGCCCAAGAGAAAAAGGAAAGGAAGGAAGAGGAGAAAGAAACAGAAAAGCCCAAGCGUGACCCUUUGUAUGGCUUACGGGUGCAUGCAUGGGUCUUGGUUCUGUCGGGGAAGAGGGAGGUUCCAGAGACUUUCUUCAUCAACCCCUUUACGGGAAACAGCCACAGCACCACGGAUGAGCAAUUCCUUGGUAUUGAGAGUGUCUGGAACCACAGGAACUACUGGGUGAACAUGCAGGACUGCUGGAACGGCUGUAAGGAUCUCAUCUUUGACUUGGGUGACUCUGUCCGCUGGGAAUUCAUGCUUUUGGAAACCGACAAGCCUCGUCUGCUGCUCCCAGAUGUUGAGGAGGAAGAAGAAUUAUUUGACAGGGAUAUGGACAAUGUGGAAAAGGAGGAGGAAGACAGGAGGUUUGAUAUGCCACCAUCCUGGGUAGCCCCAAUUCAGAUAUCUCCCAGAGAAUUUGAGACCCGCAGUCCCCAAGGGAGGAAGGUGAUACUGUACAAGAAAGCAAAACUGGAGAAAUGGGCACCGUAUCUGAACAGAAAUGGGCUGAUCCAACGCCUUACUAUCUACGCAGAUUCACACUAUACCAAAGUAGUGGAGGUGAGGGAAUGGUUCAAAAACCGGGAAGACAAGCUGGAGAUGAGAGAAGUGAACAAACAAACACAGCUGAUCACGGAGCACUUCUGCCCAGGACACCUUCUAGGUCUUAAAGCACACAUUUAUACAUCAACGGAGCCAGAGACUGAACGUACAAUGGAGUUUUACAAUGAGGCACGAGUUGACGGCCUCCAGAAACGCGUUGAAAAUGCCAGUGAGAUGUCUGAAUACUUUGUAGGGCGGGAUGACUUCCUGUACUUUCGGCACGUGGAGUUUGGCAAAAGAGUGAAGAAAAUACAUAUGGCUGGCACCAGAACUGACGUUAACCCACGGCCUAUAGUGCAAAUCAAGGAGUGCUUCCGCAGAAACCUAGAAAAGCCUGCUGAUGAAGAUGUAGCAGAACGUAUUUUUCUGAUCACAGAGGAGCGAAUCAAUCUGACAUACCACCUCAACGAUAAAUACAUCACUGCCUCAAAGAAGAAUUUCUUCAAAGGGGUGGAGAGGGAUAGGAAGGGAAAUGAAAUCAUCAUGACCCCAGAAAUGUGCAUCACAUACCAGGUGGGGUCCUCUGAGGCAGACAAGAAGCUGUUCCAUCUGCACAAAUUGCUGCAGAAGCUAACAGAGGAAGAGAAGCAGCUGAAGAACGAAGUCUGGGAAUCUGCAACGGAGGUGCUAGAAAUUUUGAAGAUCCGUGAGGAUGAAGAAGCAGACAUCAAAUUGACAGUUUCAAUUUAUGAUACAGAACGUAAUGAAAAGAGAAGACAAGAGUAUGAAGCUAUGAACAAUUUAAUGGAAGAUGACCUCCUGGGACAAGAGGAACAGGAUCUAGAUUACCUGGCACCUUUUCUUAUUCAAAUUUGCAAUAUAGAGAAAAUGAGCAAGUGGCAGGCCUUGCGCAUCAAAGAAGACUGCCUGACAGAUUUUAAGCAUCAUCUCACUCACAAGGCCAACAUCAUCCAAGCUCACUUACAAAAGGAGGUAGAGGAGCUGCAGAAGAAGGAUCAGUGGUAUCAGGAAAACCAGAAUCAGCUCAGCAUGGAAGAUGAAGCUGACUUCUUGGCCUACUGCUCUGAAACCAUGUUCCGUAUCCGCGUUCUGGCUUUAAGGCUCCAGAGGGAAAAACAAAUGGCACCACAGAAAUAUCUUGCUCUUGAAGAGAAACUGCGCAAGGAUCCUCGCCUAAAUAUGCACCUCAAUCAUCCCUGAUUUCUCCUUUAUUCCUGGACACCAAACACUGGAAAUCAGUGAUGAAGCCUGUUUUAAGUGGCCUGAAA